AUGACAGUAUCAGAAUACGACAUCAAAUUCACGCAGUUGUCUUGGUAUGCUCCCUACCUCAUUUCUACUAAGGAGAUGAAGAUUCAGAGGUUUGUGGAUGGGUUAGUAGAGCCAUUGUUUAGGGCUGUGGCAUCCCGAGAUUUCAAUACCUACUCCGCAGUGGUAAAUUGUGCUCAGCGGAUCGAGAUAAAGACCUAUGAGAGUAGGGCUAUGAGAGAUAAAGCAAAAAGGGCCAAGACAGAAGGUUAUCAAGGCCGUAGAGAUUUCAGCAAUGGUGGUUCGUCUUCUAACCAUCAGGGUCCACAACGGGACUCACGAUUACCCCAAAGGGGGAGUGACUCGCCUGUUGCCGCCUCAUCCGGUCGGGAGGCUAGUGGAUCAAGAGGUAGAGGUGCUGUUACUUCUUCUCAGGGCAGGCCAUCUGGGUCCGGACGUCAUAGUUCUGCUGGUAGAGGCCAAGCGACGGUAUAUGCUUUAAUACCCCAUGAGGCCCAGACAUCCAAUGCAGUGGUCUCAAGUACUCUUUCUGUUGGUAAUAUGAAUGCUUGGCUAUUGUUUGAUCCUGGUGCUGCCCAUUCUUUUAUCUCUCCAUGUUUUGCAUCUCAUUUGGGUAAAGAUCGUGUUAGGAGAGAAGAACAAUUAUUAGUGUCUACUCCUUUAAAAGAGGCGAAGGUUGGAGAUAUAAGCCAAGUGUCGGUGGUGAAUGAGUUCAUGGAUGUAUUUCCUGAGGAACUACCAAGUUUGCCUCUCGAACGGGAGAUUGAAUUUUGCAUAGAUAUAGUUCUCGAUGGGGUACAAGUUGAUUCAAAGAAAGUUAAAGCAGUGGAAAAGCGGCCAAGGCCAACAUCAACUAUGAAGAUUAGAAGCUUUUUGGGUUUGGCUGGUUACUAUCGUCAUUUUGUGAAGGACUUCUCCAAAAUAGUUGCCCCUCUGACUAAGUUGACACUUAAAGAUAUAAAAUUUAAGUGGUCAAAUGCUUGUGAGAAAAACUUUGAUAAGCUUAAGACUUGUCUCACCACAGCUCCAGUAUUAAGCCUAUCGCAAGGCACAAGGGGUUACACGAUAUUUUGUGAUGCAUCGCAGAAAGAUGUAGCUGAGUUCGUCUCCAAGUGCCUAGUUUGUCAACAAGUUAAGGCCGAGCAUCAAAGGCCUGCAAGGCUAUUACAGCCGUUACCAGUGCUUGAGUGGAAGUGGGAACGUAUUACAAUGGACUUUGUAAUAGGUUUUCCCCAGACUAGUGGGGGUUACGAUUCGAUCUGGGUCAUAGUAGACCGGUUAACAAAGUUAGCUCAUUUUCUUCAAGUUAAGACUACUUACGGUGCUGCCCAGUAUGCUCGAGUUUAUGUGGAUGAGAUAGUACGAUUGCAUAAUAUCCCUAUUUCUAUAGUGCCUGACAGAGGAGCACAAUUCACCAGUAGGUUCUAG